UGAAUGUAUGUAGAGGUGUGUUUAUAUUAUUUGUUUUUGUAACCGUCUUCUCUUCUACCUCCACUGCUCCUUCUCUGCAACCCCAUUCUCUUUUCUCUCUCUACAAUCACAAAUUGCUUUCUCUCUCAGCUUUGUUCAUUCUCUCUCUCUCUCUUCAGAAACCCUCGCCGUGGAAACAACCACACUCAUUACAUACGCACAUACAUAUACUUGUUCGGCCCGUUUGGAUUCACUGUUGUUCAGAUGAAACUCCGGCGCCGAUCACGGCUCAGAUAGUUCCUUUUUUUCUCUGUCGCUGUUGAGGAGUUUUUUUUUUAGUUGAAUUUGACGGUGCCGUUUUGAAGAGCUUUGAUUGCUAUGGCGUCUACAGUUCCGGCGAAGUCUCAGCCGCUACACAAUUUCGACCUGCCGCAUCUCAAAUGGAAUAAGGACGGAAACUCCAGCGGCCCCCACCAACGCCGCCGCUCCAUCAAGUCGCCGUCACGGAGGCCGAAUACGUCCUCCCCCUCUCCUAUCCGCCAGUCGCCGUUGCGGGACUCUGUUUCAGCGACGCCACCGCGCCUUCAGUCUCCGUUGCCGGACUCUUCCGCGCUUUCAUCCCGUGAAUCUCCGGUUCACGGGGAUUACUCGAUGAAACAGUCUCCGAUUCGUGGAGAAUCAUCUAAACCGUCUCCGAUUCGGGAGUGUGUGAAACAAUCGCUGACUGGUGGUGACUCCGAGAGGCAGCCGUUGCUUAAUCGCGAUGCUGUGCGGCAAUUUAUUAGGCGGGAUGUGGUGUUGGAGACGGAGUAUUUGAAGAAUGGUAAAGGUUCUUUGAUUGAGUACCGGAGAAAUCAUUCUAAGGGUUCCGCUUUUGAUAGCAUAAGGAAUGAGGUCUUUUCAUCGAACUCUGAGCAAGCUAAGGAGAAACUCGACAAGAAAUCUAAGGGAAAGGAUGUUGAUGAAGCCGGAAGUAAGAGAUCGAAAAUCUUGAUUAAAAUUCCUUGCAAGAACAAUAAACUAGAGGAAGAGAGUCCACAGGAAGAGCCCCCCAAUAUUGACAAUAAUGAUGGGCAUGAUGAAACUGAUGAGGUGCAGGAAGAUGGAAAGACUAAUAACACCAUUGAUGAGGAAACUAAGACAUGGAAUCUGAGGCCACGAAAGCCCCUACGAAAGUCACAGAAUGUAGCUGGAGUUGCAGAGAAAGGUAGUGUUUCUGCGCUGCCUGAAAAGAAUAAAGCUCAUUCAACCUUGAUCAAUGCAAAUAAACCAGGGGAAAAGGAAGGGAAUUGCAGCGGCGGUAGUGAGAAGAAGGAGAAGAGAAAGCUCAGCAUUUCAAUUGCGCUAUCAAAAGAUGAAAUUGAGGAGGAUAUCUUCAUUCUGACUGGAUCAAAGCCAGUGAGGAGGCCUAAGAAGAGAGCAAAGAACAUACAGAAACAACUGGAUUUUGCGUUUCCUGGAUUGUGGUUGGUAUCAAUAACUCCUGAAUCGUACAAAGUAUCUGAAAAUUCUCUGAAGGGUUAGAUGCAAUCAACAGAAGAUGAUUAUUCACUUCAAAUAUGUUCACUGAAAGGUGUAAGGUGCUGCGUUUCCAAUUUAUUGUUAUGGCAUUUGGAGUUAUAAUCUGCAGUAACUUGUAAAGCUGAAAGGAAGAAUAAGUUUUUGGUUAGGGUUAUUCGACAUUUCUUUUUACUUUUAUUUCAUGCUGAUCUCAUAGCACUAAGAGAACUUUAGGUUUCUAAUUAUCAGUAAUGGCAGCUGUAAAUAUGGACCUCUACCUUUAAGAUUUUCAUUUUGACUAUGCAUUUGGUGUUCUUUUACCUUUUUA